ACUAUGCUAGGAGAGCUAAAGGACACAUCACCAGGCGUGCUGCUGGUCGCAGAUCGGGACCCUGUGUGCUUCCAGGCGACUCUCAAGGACAUCCUUUGCCACCCAGUCACUCACCUCCUUGGGGGAGAAAUGCUGGGGUUUUAAAAUCGCCUUGUUUUUUCUUUUCAUUCUUCUCCCCUCUUCUUUUUUAAAUGUCCAGAGGAGCGGCAGCCAAUUGGGAACUUUUUGUCUUUUAAAUUUUGGGGUGUCUUCCCACCUCCUCACGCUCACCCUCACCCCGGGGUGUUGAGAGAAUAAGUUCAGAUGUGGCGGCCUGGAGGGCGGAUGGAGACCAGGGUCGCCGAAUCGAAGCAUCGAUUAGCCGCGUUCACAGUGCUGGAGAUGCGGCUGGCCCCAAGAAGAGCCCGCUUUGCACGCGGGGUGCGUGCGUGUGGGCGCGCUAAGAUGUUGACGAGGAGCGGGGGAGGAGGGCGAGAGAGUGCCGCGGCUCCCGUUCCAGAUCCUUGCCGAAGGACGAGAUCCUCGCCUAUAGAUUCCGAUGCAUUCCGAUCUCCUCCGGCGUCCGGGACCCCGAUAAAGGAACGACCUGCGAGCGGCUUCUCCCACCAUAUGUUAAAGAGGAGUGCUUGGGUUAGCUGUUUUCAUCAGCGGGAGGUUGCUUCAUGCCUUCUCAGAGCUGGGGCUGGCGGCAAUCGCCUUCCCUUCAAUCACAAAUAAGCAUGCAGGCUUUCGCUCUAUUGGUACAUGCUGGUGGGAUACCCGUAAAGAGAUUAUCCAGGAAUGGUGGAUCACUUGCUUCCUGCGGGUGAAUCUUUCUCAUCCACAAGGCCUCUGAUUGGAUACUUUGGGGACAUGGCAGCCAUUGGGAGGUCAUACCAAAUGCUGCCCUCCCCCUUGUCAGAAGACGACAGCGAUUCUUCGAGCUUUUGCUCUUGUUCCAGUCCCGAGUCCCAGGUUCUUAGCUCAAGCUAUGGGAGCUCGUCAAGUGCUGAGAGUCAGGACAGUAUUUUGGACUACUUGUUGUCCCAGGCAUCCUUGGGGAAUGGCCAUGCCUCUUGGUGGGACAAAAGGAGACCUCAGCCUAUUGUGAAGGAGGAACAUUUUAGGAUGCCUGAAUUCACAGUGGAGAUGGAAGAGUCUGGACCAUUUCAGCCCACCCUUGAGGAGAUUGAGGAGUUUCUGGAAGAGAACAUGGAGACGGACCUCAAGGAAGGAUCUAAAAGUGAGACCAAAGACAUGAGAGCUUGUAGCCAGAUUACUGUGGCUUCCAUACAGCCAAAAGACCACAUGGGGCCCAGUAUUAGUUUAAAAGAUAGUAAAAGUGAACAAUCAAGCAACAUAAUGGAAAGUAGCCAUGCAUCAAAUGGAGCAAUGUCCCUCGAUGGAGGAAUACCUGUCAUGCUCCAAAUCCAACCAGUACAAGUUAAACAAGCAUCAAACAUGAGCCCUAGUUCACAAGAACCAGUGCAAGAGAACAUUAAAAUUGCACAGCUCCUGGUCAACAUCCAAGGGCAAACAUUUGCUCUUGUGCCACAGCUUGUUCAAUCAUCUAACUUGAACUCAUCCUCUAAAUUUGUCCGCAUAGCCCCAGUUCCGAUAGCUGCAAAGCCAAUUGGGCCAGGAGGUACCAUCCAGGGUCAAACUGGGGUCAUCAUGGGUCAAAAGUUUCAAAAGAAUCCUGCGGCAGAACUCAUUAAAAUGCACAAAUGUACUUUCCCUGGAUGUACCAAGAUGUACACCAAAAGCAGCCAUUUGAAAGCCCAUCUGAGAAGGCACACAGGAGAAAAACCCUUUGCGUGCACUUGGCCCGGUUGUGGAUGGAGGUUCUCGCGUUCAGAUGAGCUUUCUCGGCACAGGCGUUCCCAUUCUGGAGUGAAGCCUUAUCAAUGCCCCGUGUGUGAGAAGAAGUUUGCUCGAAGUGACCACUUGUCCAAGCAUGUCAAAGUCCACCGGUUUCCUAGAAGCAGCCGCUCUAUGCGCUCAGUGAACUGAUGUGUCCUGCCCACUCCUUUUCAUCCCUUCAUUCAAGAACAGCCACUGGCAGAACUUUGUUCAGUAUCUUUCCUGCGAUAAUUUAUUUGUCUCCGUAUAACAGCUGAUGCCAUAACUUCACACACAUGUAUCUCUUUUUUUAAAACAAACAAACAAACCAAAUGCCCGCCAUCUUUGCCUUCUUUCUUUCCUUUCCUUUGCUGCUGCUUCGUCCUUUCAAAAUUAUAGCAUUUUAUUUUUAGCUGUUUUCCUCUGCGCUACGAUAAUUUAUGGGCUACUUGCUGCUAGUUAAUUAUAGUUCUGGCAUUCCUGAGGGCUUUGCUCAUGUACAGGGCUAUUCACUGUGAGGGGUUUUUUUUAAAAAGUAUUAUUAUUAAGUUGGCCUAUUUGUCCAGUUUGGAAGCAGCAAAUUCAUUGUGAAAUGAAAACAAUGCUCUUGUGUGUGUUUGUGUGCUUGUGUUUUGUGUGUCAUAUUUAGUUGUUCCUCAGCUAGGAAUGUGUUGGGGCUUGGAGGUGCUGUCAGGGACUGACCUUUGGGACAGAAGUUGAAGGCCCCACUCAGCAGUAGAAGCACAGGAUAAGGCAAUCAAUCUCAUGAAGGAUAAGGCUAUCAAUGGCUGCUAGCCAUGAUGGCUGUGUUCUGUCUCCACUGUCAAAGGUAGUAGGCCUCUGAAUACCAAUUUCUGGAAAGCAGACAUGGGGAGAGAGCUAUUGUGUUCAGGUCCUGUUGUGGGCUUCCCACGGGCAUGAGGUUGGCCACUGUGAAAAGAGGAUGCUGGUCUGGAUGGAUCUUUGGCCUAAUCCAGCAGAGCUUAUGAGCAGGAAGGCCCACAAACAUAGCAAGGCUUUGGAAGUAAGUAAUACACAUUAUCACCUAAAAGGGACCUCUCAUAAUACCAUUAAGUCCAGAGUCUAAAAUUACCCAACUACUGCAAUGUAGAGGCUAUGAAAAAAAGGAAGAAUAGAAGGAGCAUAUCUGGUGUGUGCAUGUGUGUGUUUCUGUGUGGGAAGUUGCUAACCAGCUGGUCUCUUCCGAAUCACACCAUAUUCUGUCAGUUACCAGAUAUGUGGCCAGAAAAGCUUGUAAACUCCACAUUCUUCCCAGUUCUGCACACAGCCUGCUACAGUCUGUCAGGCUCGAUGCUCAUAACCUACCAAAUUAAUUCUUCUUGAUUCGUCUCCUGACUGACAAGAUUCCUCUGUGUUCCAUCCCAUUCUGCCAGGUUAUAUCUUGGCUCCACCUCUGCCCCUCCUGAGGCCAGUGGUUUUGAAAUCGGCAACCCAAAGGGGGGGGGAACAAAAAGAUAAAAACACAGAAUUUGUGUCCUUUGCCCCAUUGCCCUGAUUUCUAAAAUAUAUCAAUCCCUUUCAGUCAUUCAGUCCAGGGAUAAUACACCUGCAUUGAGUGAAGCACAUCUCAGCAACAGGCUCUGUCCCUCAGCCAGAUGUUUGUGUGCAUGGGGCUCUCUUCAGAUGUUCUAAUAAAUAUGCAUAGAUUGAGGAUGGAGCCUCCUACCAAGAUUAUCCCUCCAUGCACGUUCAUUGUCCCCAUACUGAACAACUGAAUGGGCUAUGGCAGUGGCUGAGAGACCCUCUGCGCAUACAUCCCAGUCAUUCUUUGUAUCUGGAAAGCUGUCAGAGGUCGCUAUCCAGUGCUGCUGUUCUCCUGGCAGCCUCUGCACACCCUCAAAAUCAGCUCUGGUGGGUUGGGGGACCCUCCAGAGAAGAUUUGGGGCCAUGUGGAGGGGGACAAGAGAAACAGAAGUGCUGCUUUGGAUACAACCUAGUAUUUCCCUCCCCUCCCCCCAAAAUUCAAAAUCUUUGGCUACAUUAAAUUUGCCAUAAAUUCAACUCAAUUUAAUAAACCUAAAUCUAACCUAAAUGAAGGCCUUUCACCAUCAAACAAUAGAACUGCCAAGUACAGCCAACAGGAUAUGUUAGGUUGGGAGGGUUCCCAAGGACAAUCUCUCCAAGGUACCCAAUGAUUGAUCCCAAGCUUUCACCUUUGUUCUCUGCUGGGAAGUUCAACAGAAGACCUAACAGGAUAGGAACAGUCCUUAACUGCUGCUUCAUGUGCCAUAAAGCCAUAAUCCAGCCACUGCAAGGAGUGUCCCUACAGAAUCUAAAGCAGGCUGAAUGUAUGAUAGUUGACUGGGGUGUGUGUGGCUGGUAUUAAGAAGAAGCGCUGAACAUUGGCUUUCCACAGUGCCCAAACUACAGCUAGGCCAAUGUGCUAUAUAUAGAUGAUUGUGCAGUGGAGAGGGGUGAUGCCCACAUGUAGGCCCUUCCAUAGGGCAAAGGAUUAUAGUCCAGUGAUCACGAUUUGGGAGGACUGAAUAUAAGAGUGAUAACUUGUUUCUGCCACUCACUGUGCCACUGAGUUUCACUGUGCUUACAGCCUGCAUCAAGUACCAUUCCUGCAGGAGUCUAUGUAGCUCCUGCAAAAAAGCAAUCAUCCUUAUAUGGCUUAUGAUAGCCACAACAGUACUGUGAUGGCUCUUAGCAUCUUCUCAGACUGAUGUGUGAAGAAAUGCUAAGCUAGUUUCCCUGUGUUUACAAUAUGGAAUGAAAUCAUGAUCCCCAGUGUCUGGGGCGGGAGGACUUAAAGACUUAGUGAAUGUUUUGUGAAAGCACUUUUUGAGCUGUUGACAGCAAGCAGUACCCAAGUAAGGAGUAUCCUCAUGGCUCACAAUUCAGAAAGCAAUGCAACUGGGGCAUCUGGUGUUCUAGAGUGGUAGUUGUCUCGAGGGCUAAACAACAACAAAUGGAAUAUAUAUAUCUAUAAAAAUAUAUACAUGUAAUCCAAAGCUGGCAGCAAAAAUAUUGUGUUAGGAAACAUUUCCUCCCACCCCCUUUUUGUCUUUAUGUACUCUGCUGAUCGUAGAAUGUUUUCUAGCAAAGCAAUCCCAUAUUUGUUUAAAAUACAAUAAAACACAAUAAAGGGUGUUGUAUCUUCUCUCUGAUAACAGAUGGUGCCUGGUCUAGCAACACAACUGAGCAAACAUUGCCACCCUGAGCUCCUGCUGGGAGGAAGGGUGGGAUAUAAAUCAAUCAAUCAACAAACAAACAAACAAAUAUUAGUCAUGACUCAACCUCACUGCAAGCAAUGGGACAAGAUUAGUUGCUGCUGCUAACUGAAGUUGCAUUGAUUUCAAUGGGACUUGGUUGCAAUUAACUUCUGGAGGAUUGCCCUGUCUGUCUGUCUUUUUGUUGUUGUUGUUGUUAGCUAAGUGGGAAAUAAAAUACUGCAAUUCUAGCAUUAGUACUAGGUCAAAAUGGAGACUACAUUGCCAUGUAAGAGCAAUAGCUCCACUCACUACCUUCCUCUAGGAAUGCAUUCCUUUUGUUGUCUAAGAAACAAGUAUAAAUGAAUCUCUCUUCUAUUGACUGGUUUUUAUCUCACAUCCUAUGAAUGUAUGUAAAUAAAACUGUACAUAUUGCAUAUCUAUAUAAAAUAUCUUUUAAUAACAUAUGAAAAAAUGGUGUAAAUUGGAAACAAAAGAGUAUCUUUAAAGCCAGUGUACAUAAGUUACAAUUC